AUGAGGCUUCCGAAAAACCCGCAGAGUUCCGCCGCACUUCUUAUAGUUAUAUUUUCAGUGUUAAACACCUGCGCGAGCCGGACGCUUAACGGGAAAAGACGAAGAGCCGAUUCACCUGAGAGUGGAUUUGGGGCGAAGGAGCGUUUUCAGAUUGUUACACAACACAAUCGACUGCGCAGUCGAGUCGAGCCCAUGGCGGCGAACAUGCAGAAAAUGGAGUGGAGUGACACGCUUGCUGCACUGGCUCAGAUAAGGGCUGAGUCCUGCUCGAAGAACAGCACUGGAUCAGAAGUGGACCCCGAGCACAUCGGCUGGAACAUCCGUCAGUCCCCUCAUGGCGUCGCCUCUUACGCUGACAUCAUCAACUCGUGGUUCCAGGAAGGGCGUCACUACAUCUAUCAAAACGGAGAGUGCAAAAGCAACCACACCUGCAAGCAUUACACGCAGCUGGUGUGGGCCACGUCCAGUCAGGUGGGCUGCGCAUGGCACCUGUGCAGAGUUGGAGUCAAACACUGGGACAUGUUCGUGUGUGCAUACUUUCCUGGGGGAAACUGGGAGGUGAACGGCCGGGAGGUGAUGCCCUAUAAAUCAGGAGUAUACUGCUCUCUCUGCACGGCCUCCAUGUCGGGGUGCUUGCGGCUCUGGGACCACGUUGGAGGAUUGUGUGAGACCCCUCGAAACCCGUGUCGUAUGAGUUGUGGACAGUACGGACAGCUGAAUGUCUCCUCGUGUCAGUGUCAGUGUAACCGUGGAUUCACGGGCCGGUUCUGUCAGGUGCGCUGUAGUGUGCAGUGUGUGCACGGCCGCUACAAGGAGGAGGAGUGCUCCUGUCUCUGUGAUGUAGGUUAUGGAGGAGCGGAGUGUGCAGAGAAACUGAGUUUCCCCCAUCACAGCUGUGACAUGCAGAUAGACGGUAAAUGUUUCAUGGUGUCCUCUGAAGCUGAGACGUACUACACGGCCAAACUGCGCUGUCAAGAAAGAGGAGGGAUUCUGGCUCAAGUGCUCAAUCAGAAGGUCCAGGAUAUCAUGACCUUUUACCUUGGGCAGCUGGAGAACACCAACGAGGUCACAGACCCUGACUUCGAGACGCGCAACUUCUGGAUAGGUUUGACGUAUAAACCACUGAAAGACUCGUUCCGCUGGGACACGGGAGAAAUCGUGAGAUUUACCAGCUUUGCUUUUGGACAGCCAGACAAUCAGGGCUUUGGGAAUUGUGUCGAGCUGCAAGCGUCCAGCGCCUUCAACUGGAACGACCAGCGCUGCAAAACUCACAACAGAUACAUCUGCCAGUUCGGUCCAGAGCAUAUUGCUCUGUGGGAGUUUGGGCGAUGAGAGCUGUGCUUGGUGACUGCUGAAGAAGAUUACUGAUCCACGGCUGCUGUUCUUCUUCUGACUGGAUGAUGUGGCUGAAGCUCAGAUGUAGGACGCCUGAUCAACGCAGCCAGUAUUGCAUAAGGAAUAAAACACGCCAAGGCAUGCUGUUAGAGGGAAAGAAUCAACGACGGGGUUGUACAGCGCGGCCAGACGUGCAGCGGAGUUGAUUAUGUUUCUCAAAUGUCAGCAUGUCCUGCAGUAUUUUAUUCCUCUUACACCACGGCAACCCGAUUGCAAUUUUUAUUUAUUAAACAUCAUGCUGUCAUUUUUUUUUUUUAUCCGUUUAUAGUUACAUCCAACGUUGUGGAACGUCCAUGAAAUGGGUUAGUUCUUGCUUUUCACUUCACAUCGUUUAUGCACUGUAUUUUGAAUAGAAGCAACGUAUUUGACUUUUUAUCGUAGUUCGCCGAUACACGUCAUCACUCAGCACAACAGUUUGCCCCCCCCCCCAAAUAAAAAUGGCAGAUGAGACAAACAACAUAUGAAUUGAAAAUGAUUGGCAUUUACGUAGCUGUUUUCAACUCUCUGACUCUAACUGACACCCCCCGGAAGCCCCGCCCCCUUGUUCCUAUUUCAAAUGUGUCUCGUUUUUGAUUUUUUUUUUUCCCCCCACUUGAAAGUUGUGAUGCUUCGCGGCAAGGUUAAACAGAGAAUGUUUUGAGAUCAUUAACGUGAAAUAAAAUCUAUCAGUAUAUGUUCGACUUCGCUAACUUUAAACAAGUGUGUAGUGAACAUCAAUUAAAUGAAAUAUUUAGGCUGACAGGCCUACUACGAACGGCUUACAAAUACUUUUUAACGCUAAUAGAAAUGCCCCUUAUCUGUUUCGUUCAGAUUCGAUUCCAUUCGUUUAGAUUAUUGAGCUUUUGUGUUAUCCUGUCAGUAUACAAGCACACGGUAGAACGAUCUAGCGUUCUCCAAGGCCUUGGAAUUAGUAAAAGUGGCAGUGCACAAUGGACGAGGACGUACAAGACGAGGAGGAGAUUCUGAAUUUAUACACUGAGGACGAUACAGUGUGUCCAAAAGUCUCCACACAUACAUAGGGGACGGUGUGUACCAGCACCACGUCGGUCGCGCCUUCGUCAGUGGAUGUCGGCGGACGUCCACGUCUCGGUGUGAUGUUCUCACCGGGUUUCCUGUUAAAGUCCGGCGCAACCUUGCGACACCCAUGAGAAUGAUUUCAAUACGUUCUUCUGUCAAAGGUGUUCUU